AUGCGCGACGACGGCAACUUCGUGCUGUACGCCGCGAACGCGACGGUGGUGUGGACGACGUUCGCGGCGCCGACCGACACCCUGCUCGCCGGCCAGGACCUCGUCCCCGGCGCGCAGCUCUUCUCGAGCGUCGCCGCCACGAGCAGGGCCACCGGGAAAUACCGGCUGACCAACCAGCUCAACGACGGCAACCUCGUCAUGUACCCGGUGAGCACGAUGAACGUCGCCGCCGCCGCAUACUGGGACACCGGCACGUUCCAGAUAGGCUUCCCCCUCACCUUGCGCCUCGAUGCCAGCGGCGUGCUCUACCUGGUCGGCAACAAUGGCAGCUACACCAAGAACUUGACGCAGCCAAGUGCAGCUCAGGCCGGAGAGAAAGCUCACUACCACCGUGUCACUCUUGAUCCCGACGGCGUCUUGCGUUCGUAUCGCCAUGGAUUGCUGUCGAGCGGCGCGUGGAAGACCGACGUCGAGUGGAUCGGGCCGAGCGAUCGGUGCCAUGUCAAGGGCGCCUGCGGGUUCAACAGCUACUGCGUGCUUGAUCGCGACGGGCAGCCCAGCUGCUUGUGCCCGCCGGGGUUCGAUUUGAUCGACGCCGGCGAUGCCUCGCGCGGGUGCACGGCGAGCUCCGGCGCCGGCGAGUGCACGGCGGGGCAGCGAGACGGCCCUGGUUUUUCCAUGGCGGCCAUGCAGAACGUGUCGUGGGCGGACACGCCGUACGGGGUGCUGGCGGCGGGCACGAGCGCCGCCGACUGCCAGGCCGCGUGCAUGUCCGACUGCUUCUGCGCCGCCGCUCUUCUGGACUCCAACGACGGGACGUGCACGAAGCAGCAGCUCCCGCUUCGAUACGGCCGCGCGGGCGGCGGCUACACGCUGUUCGUCAAAACAGGGGGCGUGGCGAGCCCCGGGCUAGGUGGCGGCGGCGGCGGCGGCGGCAACCAUCGCCACCGCGUCAGGCGGGUGAGCACCGUCGCGCUGGUGUGCGUCGGGGUCCUGACGUUCGUGGCGUUGUGCGCCCUCGUCGCGUCGGCUCGGCUGCUCUGGUUGAACCAGAGGAUGGUGCGACGGCACGUCGCCCUCGCGGACGCCGUCGCCGCCGAGGUCUUGGACGAGGAGGCGCCGCUGCGUUCGUACAGCUACGAGGAGCUGGAGCACGCGACGUACAGCUUCCGCGACCCCCUCGGCCGCGGCGCGUUCGGCACGGUGUUCAAGGGGACGCUGCAGCACGGCGGCGAGAGGGCCAUCGCCGUGAAGCGGCUGGAGAAGCUGGUGGAGGACGGCGAGCGUGAGUUCCAGCGUGAGGUGCGCGCCAUCGGGCGGACGAGCCACCGCAACCUGGUGCGCCUCCUCGGCUUCUGCCACGAGGGCGCCAACCGCCUCCUCGUCUACGAGUACAUGAGCAACGGCUCCCUCGCCGACCUCCUCUUCAAGGGCGGCGGCGGCGCCACCUGCCCGGCGUGGCACGACCGCGUCAGCGUCGCGCUCGACGUGGCGCGCGGUCUCCACUACCUCCACGACGAGCUCGACAGCCGGGUGAUCCACUGCGACGUGAAGCCGCAGAACAUCCUCAUGGACGCGGCCGGCACGGCGAAGAUCUCCGACUUCGGGCUCGCCAAGCUGCUCCGGCCCGACCAGACGCGCACCUUCACCGGCGUCCGCGGCACGCGCGGGUACCUGGCGCCGGAGUGGUACCGCGGCGCCGGGCCGGUGACGGUGAAGGCCGACGUGUACAGCUACGGCGUGGUGCUGCUCGAGAUCGUGACGUGCAGGAGGAGCAUGGAGAUGGAGGAGGCCGGCGAGGAGCGGACGCUGAUGGAGUGGGCGUACGAGUGGCUGGCGAAGGGCGAGGUGAAGGGCGCCAUGAGAAGCGACGAGGCGGUGGAGGCGGCGGAGGAGGAGAGGGUGGUGAAGGUGGCCAUGUGGUGCGUGCAGGCGGAGCCGCAGUCUCGGCCAUCCAUGGAGAGUGUCAUCCUGAUGCUGCAAGGGCUUUUGGAGGUGCCAUUUCCUCCUCCUCCAGCUUCUUCCUGAUGCAAGCCUACCAUUGUUUUGCUAGCGCUUUGAUUUUCUUUCUCUUUUUUUUUUGAAGACAACUGAUUUUCUUUCUUGAAAUCUCUCAACUCUCUUUUGGGAGGAGGUGAUGUGAGUGACAAAGCAAUAACCAAACUUUUGGUCACUCUCUCUCUCUUUUUUUUACCAAUACUCAUGAAAAUCCCGUAACUUAUAUUUUUAUCACAAGAGAGCAUGUCGGCAAAAUUUGGUCGACGAAUGCCGCCGUGU